CUGAAGACCCUUGUUGAGAUUGGCCCUAUCUCAUCAGACAGAGCUUCCAUGGAGGAUUUAGAGGAGACCCUCAAAGGGCUGUCGAUUGCGCAGCGUUCAUGUCCAGAGGAGCCCACCUAUUUGCUGCAUGUUGCCCAGCAGCUAUCAGGCCUCCUGGCAGUAUCCUGCUCCGACUUUAACAUCCGUCUUCACAACAAGGAAACUCUGAGCCUAGUUGGAAAGUACCGGGGCCAUCGCGGGCCUCUUUGCGGUCUCAUGUUCGCCCGCAACUCCUCCGAUCUCCUUUAUUCGUGCUCUGCUGACGGCACAGUCCGAGCGUGGGACGUCCGUUGCCCCGGGAAAGAUUCCAUCCAGGUGUUUAAAAGCGAUCCGUCCUACUGCUACUGCAGCUUUGACCUGAACUGCAGCGACACGCUGUUGUGCGCCGGCACGGAGCAAAUGAACGACGAGGACAGCUUUUUGGUCUUCUGGGAUUCUAGAAAACCCGGUGGUGGGAUUCUCGGGGUGUAUUCCGAGUCGCACAGCGAUGACAUCACGCAGACAUGCUUCCAUCCUACAGACAAAGAUCGCCUGGCGUCCGGUUCCACGGAUGGCCUGGUCAAUGUUUUCGAUCUGAGCCGAGGAGGAGAGGACGAGGCCCUGCUGGUCACCUGUAACAGCCACUCCUCGGCGGGUUUGGUGUGCUGGUCGGGAGCCGGUUACAACGAGCUGCUGUGCCUCAGCCACGACGAGGGGCUGCACCUGUGGGACCUGAGUCAGCUGGACACAGACGAACCUCUCACAAUCUUCAGCACGCCCGACGCUCGCGGCCUCACUUUACAGGCCGACGGGGUGGGCGUGGAUUACCUCGUGGGGGCGCGUUGGCUGGAGGAAGCCCAGAAGCUGCUGGUGGUCGGUGGGACAAACAGUGGGGAUCUCCAUUUAAUGGAAUGUGACAGUGGGGGGCUUCAUCUGCUCAGGAGGCUCACGGGUGGUCACAGCGCCAUGGUGCGCUGCUUCCUGUGGGACGCGGCGGGCGAUGCCCUAAUAACUGGGGGAGAGGAUGCUCAGCUGUUGCUGUGGAAACCAGGAGGGAAUCGGCUCGUCACAGGAAAAAAGGAAUCGAUGAAGAGUGAAUCCACCGCAAAACUAAAAUCCAGGCCUCAUAAAAAAAAUGGAAUCCAAAGAGAAAGGAAAGGGAUGUAG